UCUAAGGGCACUUGUAGACCCCUUCAUCCAACAUGACGCUGGUGGCAUCACCAGCCGGCGAGCAAGGCUAUAUCAGGACGGUCCUGAGCCGAGAGCAUUUUAUGGACAUGGACAGCUCUACCCUGGCACUGCCGUCUGAGGAGAUGCUGAAAGUGGGUCGCCAGGACCUCGAGAAGUCCAUGCGGAUCCAGCACCAGGUCCAGAUGACCAUGGCAAAGAGGACAACUAAAAAGAGUUUGGCCAAUGGUUCGAUCUAUCAGUCCGUCAGCAUUUCUGAUCAAGUACCAUAUACGACCUUGUCACAGAGGGAAGUCUUCAGAACCCCUUCGAAAAGCAUUGACACCAUGAAGGACCAUCAGUCAUCAGCAUAUGAAAAUGGGUGGGGUGGAGGAUAUUCACAAUAUGGCCAACGGAGGCAGGAAAAUGGUUGGGCUGGAGGCUACUCUACUUACAGUCAGCGGGGUACUGAAAAAGACUCGAAUCAGAGGAAGCCUUUUGCUAGAAAGGAGGUUUCUCCAGAACGUGAAGUUGGAAUGGGAAUAUAUGAACAAAGGAAAAACACAGCAGCAAGCUUGAGAUAUCCAGAGCACCGGCAGUAUAAUAUGUCUACCACCCGCUAUUCACGUUCAGAGUUUGGUACUGCAGCCAAAGCACGGCAGAGUACCACUGGGAGGUCCAACAUGUCUGAUCAAGAUUCUGUGUUCAACAGCGGCCCAAACAGUCCAUCAAAAGCCAUCUACCAGCAGAGGAACAGCCGAAGUCUAAACAACCUUCUUGACAAGGAAAACUACCAGGCUGCCUACAUGGCUGGUAGUAGCCAAGUCAGGGCCGUGAUCCCACCACAACAGAUGUACAGUAGACCCGAGGUUCACAGGGCGACCUACCAAAAGACAGUCUACAGGACUGGAAGGGGGGAAUAUUCUGGAGCCACUGGAAUGACAAUGGGUGGCAAGAGAACCACCAUGACAGCUGGGAGGGUUGCUGCUGGACCCAUUAUGCAGACCCAAGUUGAUGGUGUCCAUGCAGAAGGUCCUGUUGGCUCGGCUGCUAUUCAGGUGACAUCAGAGGUGGACAUGACCCUGGAGAGGGCAGUGAGUCUCCUGCAAAGCGACAGCUCCAGCGCAUACUGGCUAGUCACAGCCUGCAACUUCAUUCAGCAUGAGUGCUUCCAGAAGAUUGAGGCGAGAAGGCGGGUGUACACACUGGGUGGGAUCCCACGGCUAAUACGUCUUCUGAAUAGUGACAACGAGGAACUGCAGCGGGCGGCCUGUGCGGCUCUCAGGAAUCUGGUGUUUGAGGACAAUGAUAACAAACUGGAGGUGUGUGAGCAAAGGGGGAUGCCAAUUCUACUGACCCUGUUGAGGGACACACAGGACCUGGAGAUAAAAAGACAAAUCACAGGCUUACUCUGGAACUUAUCAUCCAAUGACCAGCUGAAGAUCAUGCUGAUCCGCGAUGCUCUCAGCACCUUGAACAAAAGCAUUAUCAUCCCAUGCUCCGGCUGGAAGGAGGGCGAGUACUCCAAGAACGACAUGAUGAACGACGUAGACAUCUUUUACAAUGCCACGGGUUGCCUCAGAAACAUGAGCUCAGCAGGCCCGGAGGGACGACAGGCUAUGAGAGACUGUGACGGCCUCAUCGACUCGCUCGUACAUUACGUCAGAAAGAGUAUCGCUGACUACAAGCCAGACGACAGGGCCACAGAGAACUGUGUGUGUAUCUUGCACAAUUUGUCGUACCAGUUGGAAUCUGAGCUGCCAGGCCAAUACAGCAAGUAUUUCUAUGUACAGAACAGGGAUCAUGUUGCCAAUGAAACAAACAUUGGCUGUUUUGGUGGUCGUAGCAGGAAGGUUAAAGAGCAGUGGGGAGAAACCCCGGUGGCGGAGGAAAUCAGCAACCCGCGAGGGGUGGAAUGGCUGUGGAACUCUAUCGUGGUGCGAAUGUAUCUGUCGCUCAUUGCCAAGAGCUCCCGAAACUACACACAGGAAGCAGCCCUGGGGUCACUCCAGAAUCUCACCGCUGGCAAUGGAUCGAUGCCUUUCUCCGUUGCUCAGAUGGUCGUCCAGAAAGAGAGCGGACUUCAACACGUUCGGAAUAUGCUGUUUGCGAGCGAGCCGGGGGUUAAGAGGACAUCGGUCUCUUUGCUGAGGAACCUGUCGCGCAAUUCCUCUCUACACAAUGAUAUUUCCACCGAAAUGAUGCCAGAUCUAGUGCGGGCCCUACCAGACUCUGUCCCGGACUCGAACAUUGCCAACGACACCGCUGCAUCCCUGUGCUACGUUCUCAACAGUCUGAUCAGCAGCAGCUCUCAGAACGCCAGACUCCUCCUUCAAAACGGUGGUGUCCGCAAACUUAUCAAUCUUAGCAGCAAAGAUGGGGCCAUGGGGACUAAAGCCGGAAAAGCUGCCUCACUUGUCCUGUACAAUAUGUGGACACAUCAAGAACUUCACAAUGCCUACAAGAAGGCUACGUUUAAGAAAGGAGAUUUUGUCAACCCCAAGACUUCAAAGGCUUACCAUUCCCUGUGAAUCAGAAGGUUGUGUUCUGGCAAGAA